CAAAUAUUUCUCACUCGUCCUUCUAUUGAAAACAACCCACUGCAGCGGCGGCAAAAACCACUCCCUCACUCUCUCAAUCACUUUUCACGAUUCCCUUUUCCUCAUCCACAACUCACUCAUCAUUUCCCUUCCUAGAUCAUUGAAGCAUACAGCUGUAGCAACAUGUGGUCAAGCAUUAAUUAAGCAAGAAAAACUAUUUAAAAAAAUGCUGUCUACUAGUGCUGCUGCUCAGCUUCCCAGUUGCUCGUACCGCAUUCCCAGCCUUCUUAAUGUCCAUCAUCAUACUCGACAAAAGAGAAAACUCACCACUCUAUCACUUGCCAAUGCAGAUAACCAAAUCCCUCUCAGAAACUUCUACGGUCCAAGUCUUCCUCAGACAUACAGUUGCUGCAACGGGAUAGAAAGCAAUUACAGGUCUAGUCACAAUUCCAAUUCAGAUCAGAACGACAGACACCUAUUCCUUAUUAAAUUCUUCUCACUUGCUGAAUCAGAAGACACCGGUAAUCAAAAUCCAGAAACCAGAAACCACAGUGAACAUCAAGUAGACAGACAAAGGGAAUUCAGGGAAAACGACACAAACAUAGCACUUUUCACUCAGAUGUGGUGGGUAGAUUUGAAAGCGGCAUUCGGCCAAAGCAUCAACUUUGAGGGCAUUCUCUGUUCAACUAUGGUGAUCUUAAAAGACCCACAUUUGGCUGUGCCCCAUAUUUCAGUUCGUGAUAUAAGAUACAUUGACUGGGCUGCUCUACGUAGAAAGGGAUUUAAGGGUGUUGUCUUUGACAAAGAUAAUACUAUUACAGCGCCCUACUCUUUAACGCUGUGGCCUCUACUCGAGUCUUCACUGGAAAGUUGUAAAUCAGAGUUUGGUCCAGAUAUUGCUGUAUUCAGUAACUCAGCUGGACUUCGCGAGUAUGACCAUGAUGGUUCAAAGGCUAGGAAUCUUGAGAGUGCGAUUGGAAUUAAAGUCAUCAGACACAGAGUGAAGAAGCCAGGUGGCACAGCUGAAGAAGUUGAAAAGCAUUUUGGCUGUGAUUCAUCACAGUUAAUCAUGGUGGGUGACCGUCCCUUCACUGACAUUGUUUAUGGCAAUCGAAAUGGAUUUCUUACUAUCUUGACAGAGCCAUUGAGUCUUACCGAGGAGCCAUUUAUUGUUAAGCAGGUGAGGAAGCUAGAAACUACAUUUGUAAAUUACUGGUCUAGAAAAGGAUUGAAGCCCCCUGAGCAGAAGCUAUUGCCAGAUCCCAGACAUUGUGUCAAAGAGCCACGUCCUUGAUAGACCUGUCUCCAAAAGACACGAAUUUUUUAGGUCAUCAAAAUGCUCCCCCUUAGUGUAAUGCAUACAAGUGAAUUUUUGUUAAAUUAUUUAGUUUUUUUUUUUUCAUUUUACAAAACUGGUAAUGUAUCUCCCACCUCUCAAGCCUUUUUGGUAAGUUAAGGUAUCUCCUCUUACUAAAUCUGUGUUUCCUUGGGAAGGGGCGGGUAGAAAAAAAAAUCAGAAAAAUAGUUUUCAAUACAUUUUAACUUUUAUAAUUUUAUUUUAAACAACUCUCACCCUUAGUCUUUUAUAACUAAAGUCAGAAGUAUGCAGUAAGUUGUUCAGACUCUGAUAUAGAUGAUUGAAUGUACAAUAUAAUUUA